CCUGCCGGUUUGAACUUGGCGGGCUCCGUGAGGGCUGUGGGGCGGUGGGGGGUUGUUUCGCCCCUUCCCGACUCCCGGUUCUUGGCCGACUGCAGGUCCAGGCCUCGGCCCUCCUCGGACUCCUCCGUCCUCAUGGCGGGCGCCCGGGGGCAGGGGCUGGGGGCGGUGGAGGUGUGCUCGCUGUCGCCGCCGCUGAGCUGCGGCUAUUCCACCAUGUCGCUGUUGUCUCCCCUCGGCCACAAGAGCUUCCCGUUUGACGACGACGACGGUGACGGGGAGGAGGAGGUAGAUGUGGACGAAGAUGCUCAUGACUCAGAGGCCAAGGUGGAGAGCCUGAGAGGAAUGGAGUUACAGGGGUGCUCCAGUGUGGUUGGAUCCGAAGAUAACCAAGAAGAACAGAAACAGGUGCAGUUACCAGAAAGCAGCCUGACACCGUGGGAAGUGUGGUUUGUUGGCAAAGAAAAAGUAGAACGUGACCGUCUGCAACGGAAGGCUCUAGAGGAAUUAAAUGAACAGCUAGAGAAAAAGAAAGAAGUGGAAAAACGUGAAAAGAGAAAGAUAAUUGCUGAAGAAAAGCACAAGGAAUGGGUUCAGAAAAAGAAUGAACAGAAAAGAAAAGAAAGGGAACAAAAAAUUAAUAAAGAAAGGGAGGAAAAAGCAGCAAAGGAGCUGGAGAAAGAACAUUUACAAGAAAAAGCAAAAGAAAAAUAUGAAGAAUGGUUAAAGAAAAAAAAUGCUGAAGAAUGUGAGAAGAAGAAGAAAGAAAAGGAAAAAGAAAAACAACGGCAGGCUGAAUUACAGGAAAAAAAGGAAAUAGCAGAAAAAAAGUUUAAGGAAUGGUUGGAAAAUGCAAAAAAUAAACCUCGUCCAGCUGCAAAGAGCUAUGGUUAUGCCAAUGGAAAACUCACAGGUUUUUACAGUGGAAAUUCUUAUCCAGAGCCAGCCUUUUAUAACCCAAUUCCAUGGAAACCAGUUCCUGUGCCUCCUCCCAAAGGAGCAAAGGAUCUAUCAGGAAAGAAGACUAAAAGGCCUGUGAUAAGCCAGCCAAACAGGUCAUCCUCUCUGGUAAUGCAUAAAUCCAGAAGCAAUCUUUGCCUUGGAACUCUGUGCAGAAUACAAAGAUAGUAGAUGUGGGAAAUUACAUGCUUUUACCUGGAGCUAUUUAAUUUUAAGAUCAGAAAUUGUUUUUUUACUGCUCAAUUAGUUGCUCAACAUUUGAUGUAUUGAUAAGUUCAAAUUCUUGCAUUUGUAUACAGAGUCCUUAGAGUUAAUUGAGGAAGAUAUUUUAUACAUUUUCAUUUUUAUAAAUGCUUCAAGGUUGAUCUUGGCUUCAAGGUUGAUCUUGGCAUAUUGUUUUGCAGGAUAAGUGACUGAAUCUAACAAUUGUGUUUGUAUUUAGCUUGUAUUAAAACUACCCUCUAAUACCAGUAAAAGCAACAAUUUUUCAUGUGUUCUUUCAAUAUGUUGUGUGUUUAUGAACAAUGUAAGAUUAAGUCGUUCAAACAAGCAUUUCUAAACUGCAUGCUCAAGAUGAUUCUUAGAAGAAUCUAAAUGGGUUAGAAUCCCAGAGUAAUCAAAAACAGUCUUUGUUGAUGGCUUUUGGUAUAUUUUUCCCUGUGUAAAUAUUUGUAAAUCGCUAACUGAAGUCAUGUUUGGUAACAGAGAAAUGAAGUUUGGGUUUUGAAAGGAAAAUUUUAAAACACUGCUUUGGACUCAGUCUUAGAUUGGUAUGUAGUAAUCUUGAGACACUAAUAUUUUGCUAUACUUUGCUAUACUUUGUACAAAUAGUUAUAAUUAGUUACGUUGUUAAUUUUAAAAUUAGAAAUAUCAAUGCAUUAUUUUUUAAUGUUAAAUGUUGAGUAAUAUUUUACUGAAGUUGAAAUGAGUAAUAUUUUACUGAAGUUGAAAUCAAAAAUCUUAAUAAAUACACGUUAAGGAUAGUAUAUCAACGGAUUACUGAAGUAGCACUCAAUGCUUUUUAUUAAGUUUUAAAAGUCUGUAUCUUUUCUUAGUGGGCUAUCAAGAAAUGAAAAUCUGUUGGGGCAAUAUAAAGUUCAGUAAAUUCAUUUAAAAGUGGUUCCUAUUUAGACUGUAUUUCAUGUUUCUGCUAGGUUAGUCAGUUGUCAAGUUUCUAGUGAUUAACCUGCAAUGGUGUUGAUCAACUGCAGGAAACAGCAAUGGGAUCUUUGAAGAAUAUUCAUAUUGUCAGAAAUCUAGAAAAAUUCAUUUUUUUUUUUCCUGCUCAUGGGGGUCUGUGAGCCCCAUAAGGACUGAGCACUCAAUCCAGGCAUCUUCAUUUGGUUUUAUUUUAUUUUUUCACUUCUAAGCAGAGAACAGUUUGGGAGGAGUCAGAGUUUGUUGGGUCAAAAUAUUGGUGAGAUUUUGUGGCCUGACCAUCCUUCUUGGAACCUGUUAGAUGCGGUGAAACUUAACAGGUGAUUAUUCUACACGAGCAAAUUCUCCUAUGUAGAGAGAAUGUAGAAUUUGCCAGGGUAGCAAUAAACUUGUGUGUAAAAAACAGCAUAUAUAGGCUUGUGUUCCUGGGCGUUUUAGAUAUAGUUGUUAUAUCUAAAAAAUCUUCAGUUUUACACAGAUUAAGUCAUUUAGGCAACUUUUAGCUGUAACCAUAAUCCUAAUAAAACUUUUCAUUCAAUCAGUAAUUAAUUAGUUUGACCAAUGUUAGUUGAACAUUUGCUCUGUGAGAAAUGUUUUGCAUAUUGAUUUAGGAAUUUGAAUGAUAUAUUUCUUUAAUUCAGUAAACAUUUACAGCCUAGCCAGGAAAACAUAGAAUAAAUACUGUAAUACAUUAUACUUAAAAUCAUGCUCAGAGUUCAUCUGAGAACAUAGAUAAGAGAUAGCUCAGCCUGAGAAGGGAUUAAGAAAGGUUACAAAGAGGAGAUGUUUGAGUUGGUGAAAGAUAAGCAGGAAUUUUCUAGAUGGUUAUGAGGCUGACCUUAACCAUCAUGAACAUGUGGUGAGAAGUAGCUGGGAGAGAAGCAGGGGUCGGAGUAAAAAUGUUCUGUAUACUGCAGAAUUUGGACUUGAUCCUGUGGGCUUGUGAUACCCUGUUUUACUACCCCAAUGGUGCAUUUUUUAAAAGAUUUUGACCACCAAACAUUUAUUACUAAAAUUCCAUUUUUGUUCAUCAAAGACUUCUUCAAACCAAUCAAUACACCUGUUACUAGAUUAGUGUUUUUAAGCUGAAUCAAUUUUUCUUAAAGUCAAGAUACUUGGUAUUCUAGGCAUUGUAAACUAUAUUAACUGUUUGAAAUUUCUAUUGAGGUUUUUAAAAUAUCUCAUUGACUCUACUGCUACUUGAUUGGAACUGCUCUAAAAUAUCUAGGCAACCUAUAAUGUCAACAAAUUCAUGAUCUGAAAGAAAGAACACAGGUAUUAUAGACCUAGUUUUACAUCUACUUAUCUGGAAGGUGCCUCAUUUUUUUCAAUGUUCAAUACCUUAUCUAAUUUAGAAACUUAUUGUGGGGAUGUAAAAUAAUACAUGGAAGUACCAAAAAAUGCAAGUUUGUUUCUUUUUUGUAUGAUAAUUCUGAUAAGAUGUACCAAUAUUCUUUCUUUAGUGAUAAUUGAUUUACAUAGUAACUGACUUUGUUUAACAUACCAAUCUUGACUAGUGAUAUAUCAAAAUUAACUUGUCAGUACUUGGAGUGGAUCUUCAUUUACCCCUGUGCUAAGGGCAAAAAGUGAAUACUGUUGUUUUCAUUUUCUUCAAAUUGAAUCAAUGUUUACUGAAUACCUACUAUGUGCGAGUGAGUAUUCUAGAUGCUGGAGAUUCAUCUGUGAAUAAGAGAGGGUCCCUGCUGCCCACAUGGGAUCUUACAUGACAGUGAUAGGAAACAGAUACUAAACAUAUAAACAAUUUAUGUGGCUCUAGGUGCUAUAAAGAAAAUAAAACAGGGCACUACUGGGAUAAAUAGUGACUGGGUGGAGGAGUGGGUCCACUCUUUUAGGUGGAUGGGCAUCUCUGAAGUGGUAACAUGCUGCUGAGCUAGCCUUGCCUUGCUAAAAUCUGCAGAAAGAGAUAUCCAGUCAGAGGAAACAGCCAGUGCACAGGCCCCAAUGCAGAAAUGAAUCUGAUGUGUUUGAAGAAAGGUUGGUGUGGCUGGAGUGGAGAAAGCAAUGGGGAAAAUAGUAGGAGUGAAGGUUGGAGAGUCAGGCAGGGCCAGAUCAUAUAUAAUCCUGAGUUCAGUAGUUCAGAUUUUAUCAUAAUUGUAUUGGGAAGCCCUUGAAAGUUUUUAAGCAGGGAAUUGAUGUGAUCUGUUUUAUACUUUGAGAUUGCUCUGGCUGUGUGAGGAAACUGGCUUGCUGGGGACCAAGAAUCAAAGCAGGGAGACUCAUUGGGAGGAUUUGCAGUAUCCAGGAAAGAAAUUGUGAUAGUCUGUAUUAACGUGGCAGCAGCGACAUGAUAAGAAGUAGAGGUGGAUUGGGGAUGUAUUUUGGAGGUGAGGCAAACAGGACUGCUAACAUUUGGGUGUCUGGUUGAGGGAAGGAGGAAAACUCAGAUAUGACUUCUAGUUUUUAGGCCUGAUCCACUGGGUGAGUGAUGAUAACUAUCACAGAAUUAGAAAGUGAUAGGAGCAGACGUAUAGGCUGAGAAUGGAAAGAGGGGAGUCCUUCAGAAUUCUGUCCUAGGUCUGUUAGAUUCGUGGUACAACUUAAUAUCCUGGUAGAAAUGUCAGUUAGAUACUUGUCUGAUGCUCAGGGGAGAGCCAGGAUUGGAGAUACAAAUUUAAGCAACAUCAGUAUGUAGGUGGUAUUUAAAAGCAUGGGACUGGAUCAGGUUACCUAGGAAGAGUUUAGAUAGUAAAAAGAGGGCUGAGUAUUCAGAUAUUUAGAAAUUGAGCAGCUAGCAAGGAUGCUGAGAAGGAGCAGCCAUGAAGUAGAAGGAGACCCAGUAGAGUAUGAUGUCACAGAAGCCAUGAGUAGAAGUGUUAGAAGCAGGGAAUUGUGCAGUCUGUCCAGUGCUACCUGACAGACGAGGAAAAGCAGGAAAGAGCCUUCCUUGUUGCAUAUGGUAAGAUGAAGGAAGGCCACUGUUGACCUCAGUAGCAAACACGUAUUGAAUACUUUCUAUAUGCCUGGCAGUAUUCUGUGUGCUUUUAUAUGUGCUAACUCAUUAAGCCUCACAACAACCCUAUGAGAUACUUUUAUUAUCCCCAUCUUAUAGUUGAAACUGAGGCACCGAGAAGCUAUGCUGCUUUUAUACAAAAAAGUGAGUCACAGAAUAGGGAUAAGAACUAAGUUCAAAGUCCAAGCUUAACAACCAUGUUCUAUGUCCCUCCUGUGUAAUAUAUAUAUAUGAUAUGAAAAACUAGUAUGAAAGUGCAAAGUAAGUUGAGAGAAUGGGAGGUAACAAAGUGGAGACCAUAUCUGAAGACAACUCUUGGGAGAAGUUUUAGAGUGACGAGAAGAUAAGUGAGGUGGGAGCUGGAAGAGGGCAUAGGUCAAGGACAUUUUCUGUUUGUUUUGCUUACAAUAGGUGAUAAUAAACAGGUGUCCCUGCUGAUGUUGAUGAUCUAGGUGAAGGAGGGUACUUGAAGAUUUAGGAGAGAUCAAGGACGGUUUUAGCAGUGCAGUUCUUAAAUAGCAAAAAAUAAAUAAAUAAAUGAUGGCAUAUGUGGGAGCAAGGAAAUUUCUUCCAUUUUUUCAGGAGAGAAUGCAUAGUACAUAGGCUCAGGUGUAGCUUGAGUUAAUAGCAUUGAUGGUAGGAGGAGGAUACAGACAGCUCUUGUCUGAUAGCUUUUGGCUUUUCAAUGAGGCCUGAAAGGGAGGCAAGGCUGUCAGCCAAGGGAUGGCAUGUGUUGUUGCAAGUAGGAAGGGGAAAAGGUUACAGAGAAGUGAGCAUUUUGGAGAGCGGAGGACAAAUUUACCAGGGAAAUCAGUGGGACUGACCAAUGGGCAAUGUUAUUUGCCGUUUGAUAAUUUUGGUCCAAAAAGGGAUUCUGUCAUGUUUUUCUCCAUUUCUGGAGGAAAGUUUAGCUACUUGGGUUUAGGAGCAGAGUAAGGCUUAAUUAGGGUUGGACAAGCAGGGCAAGUAGGAUGGAGAGAGAAAGGAGCAAAAUGAUUUCAAGGGGGUGAUCAUAGCACUGAAACAUGGUAUUUAACAAGGGCUGAGUGAUGGGUGGUGAGGAAGAAUUUUCAGUUGAUGAGCGUUUCCAGUGCUAUUGGAGAAUGUUGGGUCAGGGAUGCUUGAGGGAAACUGGAGAGGAAGGAGCUUGUAGUUAGAAGGUGGAGACAGCAAGAUCCAGAGUAUGACCACAGCAGUGGUGACCCAAAUGGAGUAUAUCAAUGAAGUUGAGGAAAUUUAAAAAGUAAGAAGCCAGAGUAUUGGAAGGAUUUUUUUUUUUAAUAUGGAUGUUGAAAUUGUCAAGGAUUAUGAUAGAAGUAGUGGUAGAAAGAAAGUUGGUGAGCCGGCUGCUAGAAUUUCAGUGAACCAAUGUAACUUAUUAGCCAGGUAACAGUCAAAAAGAGCAAUAUUGGCUAGUAUGGUCAGAUGAAAUAUUCUUCAGAAGAACUUGGAGUUUUGAAGAAGGCAGGGAGGUUUAGGAGUGGCCGUGGUGAAUAAGGUAGGUAGGGACAGUACCUACCUACCAACUCUAAGCCUCAAGGUUUAUGUAUCCCAGAGGUAGGGGACUGCAAAAGAAGAGCAUUGUCGGCAGUCCAUUGCAGGCAAGAAAAACUUUUAAAAGUAUUUCAAAAAAAAAAAAAAGGGGGGACUUCCCUGGUGGUCCAGUGGUUAAGUCUCCACACUUCCAAUGUAAGGGGUGUGGGUUCAAUCCCUGGUCAGGGAACUAAGAUCCCACAUGCCGUGUAGCCAAAAGAAAGCAUUUCAAUAGCAGGAUGGGGGCAGUGCAGGGAGGUAGAGGCCAAAAACAGAGCUAGCAGUAAUGAUAUUGUGGAACUAUUCCAGGGAGAGGUGACAGGAUCAGGUGAGGACAGUAGAGAUAGAGAAGAGAUGUGUGGAAAAUCUAUCCAGAGUAGAACUUGUUUUAGAGCCAACUGGUGAUGAUAACAUUAGCAGAGAAAGGGAAUACAGAAAAGAAGGACAGAUUUGGGGGUAAGAAACUGAGGGGUUUUUUUGUUUGUUUUCUUGUAAAUUGUUUGUCAUGGUAGUAAAUGCACACAGUGUAAAAAUAAAAAUGUAAUAAAAGCUUUGCCUCACUUCUCGCUACCUCACAGUCCUGCUUCC